UUCUUUUAAACACUGUCUAGUCGUAGGACAAAAACCACAACAUCCAUCCGCACCCGAAGAUCUUGUCCACUCCUUUUAGUCAUUUCAAUUCAAAAUCAAAUACUUUCCCAUCCGCGAGAGAAUUUGAUCAGUAUUUUUGUUUCUUCUGCUUCAUUUAAACCCGCAAAGAACUGAGAACAAUUUUUUUUUUAAUUUUUGAGAAGAACAUUCUCACUGUUUGAACACUUUGGUGAAAUCUGUUAAAAUUGCUGUGCAAGGAAAAUCAAUUUUCCAAUUAAAAUUGAAGUGACUGAUAAGCAGGACAAUAAAACAGUGGUGGAAAGUGCAAGAAAAUAGAAAUUUCAGGAACUGCGACAAGAGACUGCAGUUGGUGAACAAAUCAACAAUUUCAAUUAAAUAAGAGUCAAUUUCGAGCCACACACAAUGCGUCCAAUGUUCAUCCCGCUAUUCCUCCUCGGUGGCUUCUGUGUCGCAGUGUUCGCCACGAGUGAUGCCCUCAAUGAUCGUGAAGACGGUUACAGCCUCAACUCCCUCCUGUCCUCCAGUGGCUCCCACAAUGGCCUCCCUCAGAGGGAUCUGGAGCCCCUGGAGACGCUGGUGGACAAAAAAGCGGCGAAUCGCUAUGUAUUUGGCCUCGGAAGGCGGUCAGAUCCCUAUGCCUCAGCAGCUGAAUCUUCAGGUGGCACUAUUAAACGACUUCCCAUGUAUAACUUUGGGCUGGGCAAACGAGCCCGGCCCUACUCAUUCGGACUGGGGAAACGGAGUGGAGACGAUGAUGAGUACCAAGAUGCUGUGGAUGCUUACGAGUCAUGGCCAGUGAUGUACCCAAUUGCUGACAAACCCGAUGCUUUGGACAUCAAGAGAGGUCGACCAUACAGUUUUGGACUUGGCAAGAGGUACAUGAUGUCCAAAAAUGGAGAUCCAGUGGAAAGAAGAUCAGCUUCACGAUACAAUUUCGGCCUUGGUAAGCGUUAGAUAAAACCACCAACAUUUAAAUGAGUAAUGAAAGAAAAUAAUGUGUAAUAAAUAUUUGAGAGAAACAGAGAGAAAUAAGAUCAUUGAACUAUCUGUAAUUGUCAUUUAAUUUCUAUCUCUCCUCGAUGGCUUAUUUUUACUUUAUGUUUUUUUUCCUUAGAAACCAAUUAGUCCUUUCUCGAUAUCCUUAUUUUAAACUAAUAGAAAAUUAAUAAAGUUUAUCCUAAAGUGUCCAUUUAACUGCUCAUUGAGAUGAAAAUAGGAAUAUAUAUAUAUAUUAGAAUUUUCUUCCAUCUGACUGUCGAAGGAAAGCAAAAAUCUUUCUAGAAAAACAUUCCUUCAAUUUAACAACAAACAUAUUUGUAAAAUUAUUGUAGUUGUAUUAUAAUGAAAAAAAACUGUGUUUCAAAGUCUUUUAUGUCUGAGCCAAAAAAAAGUGAAAUUUGUGUCCUAAUCCAAGAAAAAAAAUCUAAUAAGAACAAAGAGAACUAAACUAAAAUCCUAUUCGCAGAGUAAAAUUAACCUAAAUUCUCUGUAAAAAAAAAUAUAAUGGAAAAAAAUCUUGCAAAAAACAUGAAAAAAUUUAUUUAAUAACCAUGUAAUGUUAAUAUUUAGAUUACAAAUGAGAAGGUGAAUAUAAUUAAAGAUCAUACUGCAAAGAAUAUAAAUUCAAUAAAGUUAUUGUCUUUUAGUAA